UGAGAAUCCCGCAACAGUUCUGGCGUUCACUUUUAGCCGUCAAGCCUGUAAUAUUACCGGUAGAUGGUAUGAACCUGUUUUUUUUUUUUCAAAUGGAAAGGAAAGAACGUUCCGUUCUGCAUAGCGCUAAAGCAGGUAUGUUACAGUCAGAGGCAACAUGCUAUACUUUCUGCUGGUGUUAUCCAUUUUCGCUAUUGGAUUGCUCGUUUGGCUUUGGCAAUGGGAAUGCUCUUCUUUCGUAAAACAAAUUGACCGAAUACCUGGACCGCCCAAAGUUCCGUUCUUCGGGAACGUGUUUGCAAUUCCCCGAGAUGGCUCAGAAUUUCUUCAUACCUUGCAUGUCAAAUGGGUCAAAGAGUACGGCCGCAUCUACCGAACGUGGAAAGGAACAAAUGCUAUUAUUGCGAUUUCGUCCCCUCAACAUGUCGAGCGCCUUUUGACUAGCCAGAAAAACAUUGACAAGAGCAGCUACUAUGCUUUUCUGGAGCCUUGGCUGGGAAAUGGCUUGCUAUUAUCAUCAGGUGAAAAGUGGAAAAGAGAUAGGCGUUUGGUGACGCCCGCCUUUCACUUCCAGAUCCUUGGCGAUUUCUUUGAUGUCUUUAACCGAAACGCUGCCAUCUUAAUCGACCAGAUCGUCAAUCGGCUGAUAGACAAUAAGGAAAUCGACGUUUUCCCAUUGAUUUCACGCUGCACACUCGAUAUCAUAUCAGAAGCUGCAAUGGGCAUUAAAAUCAACACACAGGUCGAUUCGGACUCUGAGUAUAUUAAAGCUGUUGAUCGGGUACAAGAAAUGACGAGAGCAAGAUUUUACUCCGCCGAUGGAUUGCUACCAGACUGGAUCUAUUUCUUACUGACACGAAACGGACGGAAACACCGAAAAUAUAUCCAAACAUUGCACGCCUUCUCAAUAAAGGUAUUGCGCGAAAGAAAAGCACAGCUGGAAUUUGCUAAAUCAAUUGAGAUGGAUAUUGUAAACGUCGAGGAUAAUUCGUCUACCAAGGCUCGGAAGAGACGCCCGUUUUUAGAUUUGCUGCUUGAAACUGCAAGAGAAGGAGCUGAUUUGAGUGAAGCCGAUAUUCUCAGCCAAGUUGACAAUUUUAUGUUUGCGGGCCACGAUACCACAUCAACCGCCAUCACUUGGUUUCUUUAUUGCAUCGCUACCCAUCCUGACGAGCAGGAACGCGUGUAUGAAGAAAUCCAGGAAUGUUUUGGAGAUUCUGAUCGGCCCUGUGCAUUAGAAGAUCUACACAAACUUAAGUACCUUGAAUGUUGCAUGAAAGAAUCUAUCCGACUUCAUCCAAGCGUCGCUAAUUUUCGGCGACAAAUCAGCGAACAACUUCAGUUGGACGAUUACACUAUACCAGUUGGCGCAUCGAUAAGUGUCCAAAUAUAUGCCCUCCACCACAAUGACGAGCUUUUUGCUGAUCCUUUAAGUUUCAAACCGGACCGGUUUCAAGUCGAGCAGAGCAUCGGACGCCAUCCUUUUGCUUUCAUACCGUUCAGUGCUGGACCGAGGAACUGCAUUGGACAGAAGUAUGCUGUGUACGAGGAGAAAGCCAUUCUAGUGGCUCUCUUACGGAAAUUCCAUUUCGCUAUUGAUGCCCGUCAUCUACCGAUAACAGAAACUCAUGGCAUCAUAAUGAAACCAGCCAACGGAAUGCCCCUUUUAAUAACUUUGCGAUAACAAAAAGCGUUGCAGUACAUCUUAUGUUUGACGCGUAAAAAUAAUUUUGUUCUAACAGCUAUGGUGUAUAAUGCUUUAUCGGGAUGAUGGGCUAAAUUUGAAUGAUUUGGCAUCGAUGCAACAGGUACUUAUCCUCAUACAUUCCUAAGGCCAGUCCGCCAUAGCCACGUGAAAGUGACGGUCAUUUCAUUAAGGAUGUGCGUUUAAUUGUUCUCUUAGUUACCUGUAUACCAUGUCCGUUAUAGUUGAAGAUCAGAGGUUUGGUGUGACACGUGUUACUUGGAAAUGUGUUACGAAACUGGUUCAUCCGAAAAAAGGAAUUUUAAAUUGAAAAGAAUUCCAAUCCACACAUUUUACUUAGAAAUCUCCUGGGCUAGUCACAACUACUACGCCUGUAUAUGGGAGUUUCUUUCGUUUGCUGGACAUCAUCAUUUCAUCUGAAAGAGCUCCGUGAAGGACAAGUGAGAAGUAGUCCACUUGUGUUUAAACAAGUUCCAAAAAGAGAUGCCAUUCCUGAUCAUCACCGUCAAUCUCACGCCGUUUGGGACACUAUCAACGUAGGUCACUUCAAAAAAAGCUCAAAGGUCUUGAGCAAAAAUGCAACGGUUCGGACGAUCAUGUUGCAGCCAUUUGGAGUUGAUGGCAGCAGUUGAGGUUCCAUCGUUGUCUAUAUGAUUCCGAGGGUGUAUGUGGAGAUUGUGGACCCCAAAUGUUGCGCAGCAGACCUUGCUGGAAACCUAGGUACGGUCUUCUACGUUCUACUAAAGAUUUCAAGAGAAAAUAGGGAGCUUCGCACUUGUAGCAAACUAAGUAUUCGGAGUCGUUCGCAGUUAAAAUGAAGCCUCAAACACUGCGUUUUUUUUUUUGUUGGGAAAAAUAAGAUAGGUAUUUCGUCUAAGUACAAUGAAAAAUUUAACGAUUAUAGUAUUUGAGGUCCCACCGAGAUUUGAACUCGGAUUGCCAGAUUCAGAGUCUGAAGUGCUAACCAUUACACCAUGGGACCGAUGAUGGGCGCUAACGAUCCCCAAAUCGUGAUUAAAGAUCCUGAUCUCUAGGUAGUGAAUUACUGAAUGUGUUGGAAGAAACGUACAGCAGUUUUUAACUCUUUGUAGCCGGUUACGAAAUGGCUGGAAUCAAAUCUUAUCGAGGAAUAAAACUCGAGAUUCACUGGGAAAUCCACGUUGAAAGCUUGACAAUGACCAUCCUGCGCCCUGUGAGAACACAGCGUAUGACGUGUACAUCUGUCUUCGACAAAGCCAAACGAGGAACUACCAAGAGACUAACGUUUGCAUUUUUGCUUGAACGUGACGGUUGGAAACUGAAAAGGGGCGACCCUAAUUGAAAGAGAUACAUGUAGCCUUCACAGUUUGAAGAGAUAGCCUUUCUUUUUAGAGAACUAUUUCUCCAGGGCUAGUUCUCUCGCGAAAUCCCAGUGCCAAAAUAAGAAAAUUCUAGCCACUAGGCUUUGCUGUGUCGCUUGAUGUGGGCAUUUUCUUUUCUUAGGUUUAAUGUGCGUUUUUUUUUUUUCAUUAGCAGGUGAAAUGGCGGAAACACGCAACAAGGAUUAAACCAGUUCAGAUGCAGCGAUAACGGGCUGAGCCCUAGUGUCUAGACUUUCGAACCCUUUCAGGUUACCAGGGUUCGACAUCUCCGGUUACCGGUACUGUCAACCCACUUACCAGCUUUCACUUUUUAUUGUGACUUGACGAUUCGAAAACUGUCACUUGUAAUUUGUGGUUUCCGUAUUUGUGCAAUUUAAAAUAUCUUAAAAUUCUGAAACUUGUACAUAUUUUUCCGGUGAUUUAUUGCAUUUCCAUCAUCACCUAACGUUCUCAAAAUAUUCCGCCAUUUCAGAUUGGAUAACUGACAUUCAAUCUUCGUCUAUAUUUAUUAGUUCUAUGGUAUAACGUAGGCACAUGGAACCGUUUUGUCUCGGGGUUCCAACCUCAGAUGUGGAAAGUGUUGCAAUAAGCUAAUCAGUUUUUUUUUUUUUUUUUUUAAGUAUUCAGAGUUAAAAUUUAACUUACCUUCUACCAUAUUUCAAUAUGGUUUGCUGUAUUUGCUAUGCAUACAAUUUUACUGUAUUUUUUUUUA